AUAGUAAAAAAAUUGGAUGUCGCUCCUCUGGUAAAAAUCGUAAGAAUCAUCAGGAUCUCGAACUUAAUGAACGAUUAAAAUUUUAUUUAUACGGUGGUCCAUAGGCGCAUUUCUUUGCACCAUGUUACGCCACCGGUCACUUGCCCGCCAAAUCAUGCGUUGCACGAAACGUGCAACCUGCAUACGGCGGAAUCACUCGACAUCCGAGAACUCUGUUCAGGAAAACUACAUCCGUAACAUUGGAAUCUUGGCCCAUAUUGAUGGAGGGAAAACCACCACCACCGAGCGGAUGCUGUUCUAUUCCGGCAAAACGCACGUUCUCGGCGAAGUUCACCACGGCAAUACGGUGACGGACUUUCUGGUGCAGGAGCGCGAGCGUGGCAUCACGAUUUGCAGUGCGGCGGUCAGUUUCGAUUGGCGGGACCAUCGAAUAAAUCUGCUGGACACCCCGGGUCACAUCGAUUUCACUAUGGAAGUGGAACAGUCGCUGGCCGCCGUCGAUGGUACGGUGGUCAUUUUGGACGGAUCGGCUGGUGUCGAAGCGCAAACCGUUACGGUGUGGAAUCAGGCCGAUAGGCAUCGACUGCCGCGGGUGGUUUUCGUGAACAAAAUGGAUAAGGAGAACGCCGACUUUGAGGGGUGUUUGCAAGAUUUGCGGAAGAAGUUGGGUGUGAUGCCGUUGCCUAUACAGAUUCCGUUGAUGGAAAAGGGAAAAUUAGCUGGGAUAACCGACAUCCUCUCGGCAACGCAGAUAAUUUUCGACAAAAAUUCCCAUGGUAGACUGUACAAGCGUGUUCCGCUGGCGGAAGAAGCCUUGACAGAUGCGCAGGACAGGUUGUAUGAAACCAUCGAUGUCCUUUCCGGCAUGGAUGACCAGCUAGCGCAGGCAAUUAUCGAAUCCGACAGCAUGGAUAACAUCAACCCGGAGUUAGUGUUAAACGCAAUUCGAUCUUGUACGAUGAAGCAACAGAUUGUGCCGGUUCUUUUGGGAUCCGCUUACAAGAACAUCGGAGUUCAGUUGCUGAUGGAUGCCGUUUUGCGAUAUUUACCGGCUCCGAACCAACGCAAUCAAAUCUAUGACUGCUUUGGGUCCGAUUUCGUGGGAAAGGUAUCGAAAGUGACACACGACAAGCAACGUGGACCGCUUAGUCUGAUCCGUGUUUUCCGGGGAACACUGAAAAAGGGGGCCAAAAUUGUCACAGCCAAGGGUGCUAGCGAAAACAUCCAACGAAUUUAUGCUCCUUGGGCGGAUGAGUACCGUGAAGUUACUUCAAUAGGAGCAGGAAAUAUCGGACUUUGUGCGGGAUGUAAAUCAACGGUAACUGGUGACCUGGUGGUAUCAAAUACUGCAUCCCUACGAAGCGCCUUAAAAAAGCUGAAUGCUUCAGAGAACAGUGAAGCUGACAACGAUGUUGACGAAGUUCUUGCCACAAAAUUAUCUCUUCAGACAGUUGUCCCCGACGCGGUUUACUUCUGUUCUAUAGAGCCACCUUCUACGGCCUACCAAUCCGCCUUAGAUAACGCCUUGAAGGAGAUUCAGCGGGAAGAUCCCAGUUUGCGAGUAACGUAUGACGAAACCACAAUGCAAACUGUCCUCGGCGGUAUGGGCAAGCUUCAUCUGGAGAUCAUCAAAUCUCGUAUUCUGACGGAAUACAAAAUCGAUGUGGAUUUGGGUGUGCUUCAAAUUGCCUACAAAGAAACUCUGGGGGAAUCGUGUCGUGGUAGUUGGACAGCUGAGAAGGAAAUAGCUGGACAUAAGCAAUUCGUCCAAAUGGAACUGACUGUUUAUGCCAAAAAGCAUGACGAGAAGUUCCGUCUCGAUAACUCCCCAGAUUCGCAUGAGAACCUGAGGCUAAUUCGACCGCGACAAAUGUCCUACAUCAAAAAGGGGGCUCUAGCAGCGUUGGAGCGUGGCCCGAAGUUAGGUGGUCAGCUGAUGGAUGUUGCGAUCACGCUGCACAGCUGCACUAUUGGCAAGGGAACAGCAGAUACCUUCAUCAUGGCUGCAACGGCUCAAUGCGUCCGUCAUGUGUUGUCCUCGGCAAAUGUGCGUUUGAUGGAACCGAUUAUGUUGCUAGAGAUAGCAAUGCCGUCCGAGUACCUGAAUGCCAUCCUGGCCGAUUUGGGUCGACGCAGGUGCACGGUACUGGAUGUCAAUUCGAGGGGCCAUCAGCACAAAGUUUUGCGUGCGAAUGCUCCCCUUGCCGAGCUGGAGGACUAUUCCAGCGAGGUGCGAUGCAUUAGUUCCGGCACGGCUAGCGUUUCGAUGGAACCGAAUGGCUACGUGCUGUUGAAUGAGAUGGACGAGGAAAGUGCUAUCCGAAAGGCUCAUGGUUUGGAGUAGUGGUAAGAAGGAUUGGAGUAGGCGUGACCACGACCAUUCUAGUACGAGAGCAAUGUGAUGGCCCUUUAGUACUUCUCGCUCAUCGUUACCGAACACAUCAGACAGGAUAUACCUACGGGAAGGAUAGAUCGGGCAUCUAUCGCAGCAACAGAAGUGUGUGAUGGCGGUGGCGUAAUACCCAGCAAUAAAAAGUGAUCCAGAAGAAAUUGUACAAAAAGCGAUUUUAUUUCCUCGCCAAUUGGUUCAGCAGGUGUUGAAACGUAUAGGACUGAACCAACCACGGUAGAUUGAGUGCGAAAUCAGCGUUGAAAAGUAGCGAAGUAGUGGCCAAUAGAGCAGAUACGAAAUUGUACAUGUGUGUUGUGAUAUAAGAAGAGUUCCUUGAACUGGUCCCUCGAGUGAUUGCGAAGAGUACCGGAUUGAAAUUUUAGCAAUUCAGAACGAAUAACGAAGGUUCCUCGUAGUCAAUUGAUUCAGAAUAACAAGUAGCCUUUGCAAUGCGUUAUCAGUGCCGUUUCUGUCCCAGUGCUCUGCCGCCGUCCUGCUGAAGUUCCAGACCAGUGACCUGCAAAAUCGACGAGUGUGGUGUGAG